AUAACGUCACUGUCCAUUUUUACGGCCGGCGAUUUGGUUGAUGACUCAGCAUUAACAAAUCACCAGCCAUCUUUAACAUAUUUAAGAUAACAUAUUAUAUUAGUAUAUCAGUUUUAUAAUUCAGCGCCAUUUGAGUACAAUUCUGAAAAAGCUGCAUUUCCGAAUUACUUUUAUCUCGUAUUUUUGCUAUUCUCCGGACUCUAUUUUUCAUAAUUUUUGAAGAAAUGACAGCGACGGCGCGUAGAGGAAUUCAUUUCCUGCAGAGCUUAAAAGCGACGAAAAUACCGGCGGAGGUGAUAGAAGAAGGGCAAAAGCGUGUAAUCGACGCUUCUCUUACUCUUAUUCGCGAGAGAGCAAAGCUUAAGGGUGAGCUAGUGCGUGCUUUAGGAGGUGCUGUAGCUUCGUCGUCGCUUAUCGGAGUACCGUUAGGGCAUAAUUCGUCGUUUCUUCAAGGCCCUGCUUUUGCUCCUCCGAGAAUUAGAGAGGCAAUUUGGUGUGGCAGUACUAAUUCAACUACUGAAGAAGGGAAAGAAUUAAAUGACCCAAGGGUUUUAACUGAUGUUGGUGAUGUCCCUGUCCAAGAAAUUCGAGAUUGUGGUGUAGAUGACGACAGGUUAAUGAAUGUCAUUAGCGAGUCUGUCAAGCUGGUCAUGGAAGAGGAACCAUUACGUCCAUUAGUUUUAGGCGGUGAUCAUUCAAUAUCUUAUCCUGUGGUAAGAGCUGUUUCUGAGAAGCUUGGCGGACCUGUGGAUAUUCUUCAUCUGGACGCUCAUCCUGAUAUCUAUCAUGCCUUUGAAGGAAAUAAAUAUUCCCAUGCCUCUUCAUUUGCCCGGAUAAUGGAAGGUGGUUAUGCACGGCGGCUCCUGCAAGUGGGAAUCAGAUCAAUAAACAAAGAAGGCCGAGAACAGGGAAAAAAGUAUGGAGUGGAGCAACAUGAAAUGCGAACCUUCUCAAGAGAUCGGCAGUUUCUAGAAAAUCUGAAAUUAGGAGAAGGUGUGAAGGGAGUGUAUAUCUCAAUAGACGUGGAUUGUCUUGACCCCGCCUUUGCUCCGGGCGUGUCUCACAUUGAGCCAGGGGGUCUUUCUUUUCGUGAUGUUCUCAACAUCCUCCACAACCUUGAAGCGGAUGUUGUUGCAGCAGAUGUGGUCGAAUUCAAUCCACAGCGUGACACUGUUGAUGGGAUGACUGCGAUGGUUGCUGCCAAACUUGUAAGAGAACUCACCGCAAAGAUAUCCAAAUGAUAAAUCUCACAUUUUUGUUUGAUCAUCAAAGUCCAAUUAUAGAAAAUGCUCACCUUGGAUUAUAAUUACUAUUAUAAAAGUUAGAUAUAAGUAGUAAUUUAGACUUCUUAAUCUUUCAAAAUGGUGUUUCUUUUUUUAAAAUAGUAGUAUCAAAUAAAUCAUUUUUUGUAUCAAUUUUUGAGUCACUGAACUGAAGUGUUGCAUAUGUCAAAAUAGAUCUUGGGAAUUGUCAUUUUUUGAA